AUGGCUACAGUCCGAAUCUGCGUUUGUGGAGAUGAGGGCACUGGAAAGUCCAGCCUCAUUACCUCCCUGGUGAAGGGUGUGUUUGUCACCCACAAGAUUCAACCCGUUCUACCUCAGAUCACCAUCCCUCCCACGAUCGGAACCCCUGAAAAUGUCACUACGACGACCGUGGUCGAUACCUCCGCACUGCCACAGGAGAGAAACAAUCUUGCCCGAGAGAUUCGAAAAUCCAACGUGAUCUUACUCGUAUACUCCGAUCACUACAGCUAUGAACGUGUCGCGCUCUUUUGGUUGCCCCAUUUUCGCUCUCUGGGGGUCAAUGUCCCUGUGGUGCUGUGCGCCAACAAGUCGGAUCUGGCUGCGGACCACAGCGAAGCGCAAGUUAUCGAGGAGGAGAUGCUGCCGUUGAUGGCUGAGUUCAAAGAGAUUGACUCGUGUAUUCGGACCAGCGCUCGUGAACAUCGAAACGUCAACGAGGCAUUCUUCCUUUGCCAGAAAGCGGUCACCCACCCGAUCGCACCGCUAUUCGAUUCAAAGGAAUCAUCACUGAAGCCGGCGGCCAUCGCAGCUCUACAGCGUAUCUUCUACCUCAGUGAUAAAGACCGAGACGGCUAUCUGUCGGACAAGGAGAUCAAAGAAUUUCAAAUGCGUUGUUUCGAGAAGCCUCUGAGCGAGGAAGACCUGGUUCACAUCAAGGAGACUAUUCAGAAGGCUCAUCCAGCUUCCGUCACACCGUCCGGUAUUGAUUGCCGUGGAUUUAUUCAUCUCAACAGGAUGUACGCGGAGAAGGGCCGACAUGAGACGGUUUGGAUCAUACUCCGCGCGUUCCAGUACACGGAUAAUCUUUCCUUACAGGAAAGCUUCCUGCAUCCGAAGUUCGAGGUACCGCCCUACGCGUCGGCUGAAUUAUCUCCGGAAGGCUAUCGGUUCUUUGUCAACCUCUUCCUCUUAUCGGACAAGGACAAUGAUGGCGGGUUGAACGAAGCGGAAUUGGCAUCAUUGUUUGCACCAACACCUGGUCUCCCCGCUUCGUGGGCGGAUGGCUCAUUUCCGUCCUGUACCGUUCGGAAUGAAGCCGGACAUGUCACCUUGCAGGGGUGGCUCGCACAAUGGAGCAUGACCACGUUCACUUCACCUAAGACGACCUUGGAAUAUCUGGCCUAUCUUGGCUUUGAAUCAUCCGACCGAAGCAAUCCCUCCACAACGGCGGCAUUGAAGGUCACUCGACCUCGCAAGCGACGAAGACGUCCGGGACGUGUUGGCCGUAACGUUGUUCUUGGCCACGUUCUUGGUGCCCCCGGUUCGGGCAAGUCAACACUUCUCGAUGCCUUCCUGUCACGUGGCUUCAGCACCACUUAUCAUCCCACGAUCCAACCCCGGACCGCGGUCAACACAGUGGAGCUCCCUGGAGGUAAACAAUGUUACCUCAUUUUAGAUGAACUGGGUGAACUGGAACCGGCUAUCCUUGAAAAUCAGGCGAAGCUCCUGGACCAGUGCGAUGUGAUUAUCUACACUUAUGAUUCGUCCGACCCGGAUUCUUUUUCCUAUAUUACCAGUCUUCGCGACAAGUACCCCCAUCUGGAGGAGCUGCCUAGUGUAUUUGUUGCGCUGAAGGCCGACUUGGACCGCACCACACAGCGGGCGGAGUAUCAACCUCAUGAAUAUACGGCCAUGCUGAACAUGCCGAGUCCACCCCUCCACGUGAGCGCGACCUGGAGCUCGAUUCAGGAAGUCUUUGUGCACAUCGCCGAAGCCGCCAUGGAGCCCAGUACGGCUUUCCCACGGAGCGAGGAGGACGUGGAAGUGUUAAGUAACUUUGGAGUUAUGUACCAGGGAACCCCACGGUGA